AUGCUGGGCUCCAUGUCGAAAACGGAGGCAUUUUUUUUCCAAGGUUCACGGAGAGGACCCCCACGAAGGACGAGUAUCACCGUCCUGGGGACGGUGAUCAAGGUGCAGGCCCAGAUGAAGUAUCUGAGCCUGAUCCUGGACGGACGAUGGAGCUUCUGGCAAUAUUUUGUCAAACUCGGCCCCAAGCUCAUCAGUGGUGCCGCCGCCCUAGGCCACCUCCGAACGUGGGAGGACUGGGUUUGCUAUGCCGGCGGAGUGAGGCCGAUGGUGCUGUACGGUGCCCUAAUUUGGAUGGACGCCCUCACCGCUGACAAUUGGGCCUUCUUGCGGAAGCCCCAGAGGGUCAUAGCGGUUGGAGGUAUCAAAGGGUAUCGUACGGUGUCGUGGACGGCGGCGACACUUCCCGCGGGCGAUCCGCCUUGGGAAUUCCAGGCGGAGGUGGUCGCGGAGGUGUACCGGUUCCGGGUCGAGGCGAGGAAUCGCGGCGUUUGUCCAGGGUCGGCGGAGGUCGGGUGGAUCAGAGCUCUAGCCCAGCAAGCUCUGUUCGUCCGAUGGGAGGAUGAGCUGGGGUCACCCUCGGCUGGCCUGGUGGCAGUGGAGGCAGUACGUUCCCACUUGAGUCGCUGGGUCAAGAGGAAAUGCGGCACACUCACAUUCAAAAUGACGCAGGUACUUACCGGGCACGGAUGCUUCGGUAAGUACCUGAACGGGAUAGCGCGGCGGGAGGUGUCACCCUCCCGCCACGAGUGUGGUGCGUCAGUGGUCACUGCGUACCACACCCUGAGUGAGUGUGCUGCAUGGGGGCUCCAUUAG